AGCACAGGUGCCGCCUGCUGCCCGGCUCCCAGGUGUGUUUUAUGUUCCAGGGGGGCCCGGGUUUGGGGGUUCGCCUCCCUUCUCACGUGCAGGGCGGCUCCCGGUCCUGCAGCCCCGGCGAGCGGCGGCGUCCGGGGUCCGGGGACAUGAACCCCGUGGUCGUGGUCCACGGGGGCGCGGGCGGCCGGGUCUCCCAGGACCGCGAGGAGCGGGUGCGCCAGGGCGUGGCCCGAGCCGCCGCCGCGGGGUACCGCGUCCUGACGGAGGGGGGCAGCGCGCUGGACGCCGUGGAGAGCGCGGUGGCCGCCCUGGAGGACGAUCCCGAGUUCGACGCCGGUUGUGGGUCCGUCUUGAACGUCAAUGGGGAGGUGGAGAUGGACGCCAGCAUCAUGAGUGGCAAAGACCUGUCCUCGGGCGCCGUGUCCGCCGUCCGCCGCAUCGCCAACCCCGUUCGGCUCGCGCGGCUCGUCAUGGAGAAGACGCCUCACUGCCUCCUGACCGGCCUGGGCGCUGCAGAAUUUGCCGCCGCCAUGGGGGUCCCGGCGGUUCCUGAGGAGCAGCUGGUAACGGAGAGGAGAAGGAAACACCUUGAGAGAGAGAAGCAGAAGGAGGCUCAGAAUCCAGACCAACAGAAAGACUUGGGCACCGUGGGCGCCGUGGCCUUGGACGCCAAAGGAGACGUGGCUUACGCCACCUCGACCGGGGGCAUCGUGAACAAAAUGGUCGGCCGAGUCGGGGACACGCCCUGUGUAGGAUCCGGGGGCUACGCCGACAACGCCAUUGGAGCUGUUUCCACCACGGGGCACGGGGAGAGCAUCCUGAAGGUGAACCUGGCCAGGCUCGCGCUCUUCCACGUGGAGCGGGGAAAGACAUUGGACGAGGCGGCGGCGGCGGCGCUGGGUUACAUGAAGUCCAAGCUCCAAGGCCUGGGUGGUGUCAUCUUGCUCAACACAGCGGGAGACUGGGCGGCCCAGUGGACCUCGGAGUCCAUGGCCUGGGCGGCCGCCAAGGACAGCAAGCUGCACGUCGGCGUCAACCUUGGCGACACCAGGGUCACUGACCUGCCCUGAGCCCUGGAGGGUUAGGCCAGGGGCUGGCCUGCAGGUGAUGCCGUUGCCUGGGUCGCAGGCUCAGCUUGACCCGUUAGCUAGAACCGGAAGCGCCCUCCGGUCUGCCCCGCGUCCUGCCCUGGAGCAGUGCCUGUCCCAGUGCGUGGUGAGGGGCGGGGUCUGAAGGGAGGAGAGAAGUGCCCACAGUGAGGUCAAAAUGCAACGAGCGAGGAUGACAGGCCGGAGCCGUCUCUUGAGCCGCCCCCUGGUCUCAGGUUAGAAAGAAGAACCGACAUGAUCUCAACCCAACCACCACUGGAAUGUCCUCGCAUAGGGAGCUGGAAUCGGGAAACACCACCCCCCCAGUUCCUACCCCCCAGUGGCAGAGCUGCCCCCCAUCCCGGGCGGUCGUGGUUGCACUUUCUGGCGGGACCGGGAGGCAGGUGGGAAGAGUCCGCGGACGCGUCUGACGGCAGCAGGAGCAGCAGAGCUAAGAACAGUCGGACGCUCGCUGACUUACUAACAUCGAGGCUUCCAGACCUAAAAGGACGACCCUCUGGUAACUUGCAGCUCCCGGAGCUGAUGGUGCAGCCUGGACCCCACCCCUGAGCUGGGUGUGGGCCGUGUGGUCGGCACGGGGAAGGGAGGCGUUCCCUGGUGGAGAGGGUCCCGUUAACCUUCCCACUGGAGCGGUGUUUCUGCUGUGACCGAUCUGCAGGGCUUACCUUCUCUGGAAGGAACCUGCUUAACUGGCAAUCCCACGGCCGCUAAUAAACUAAUAAAAUGCGAUUUGGAAGAACAA